AUGAUCAAAAAUGCAGACCUGUCAGAAGACACACAACAGGACUGGGUGGAGUGCGCUACCCAGGCGUUGGAGAAAUAUAAUCUAGAAAAGGACAUCAUGGCUCCUAUCAAGGGGUUUGUCAAGUAUAACCCCAGCUGGCAUUGCAUUGUGGGGAGGAACUUCAGUAGUUAUGUGACACAUGAAACCAAACACUUCAUCUACUUCUAA